AUGGACGGUACCUGCCUUCAUCAAAUCAUCACAGCACCCAUAAAAAAUUUCCUGCAACUGCAACGAAUCAAAGAGAUAAAGUGGAUGAAUCCGAGAGCAUGCAUAAAUGAGGCAUAUACUCCUACAUCCAUCGAACAUAUGGCAAAUGUGGCAACUCACGGAAUAUGGGUUGUACCUUCGGUAAUUGGCGGUAUCGAACUUAUACGCCGUUCGUCAACAUGGGCUCAGUUUGUUUCAGCGUGUGUAUACGGCACUUCCUUAAUCCUUGUCUUUGCAGUAUCGACUUUCUUCCACAGUGUGCACUAUUGCAAUCAUAACAGACAACUAAAAGAUGCGUUGCAUCGUUGCGAUCGUGCUAUGAUUUACAUCUUCAUAGCAGCCAGUUACUUUCCAUGGUUAAAUAUAGAACACUUCUCAGACGAUGAGCUUUUGUUCGCGAUGCGAUAUGUCGUUUGGAUCAUGGCUGUAAUGGGUAUCCUCUAUCAGCAGAUCUUUCACGAGAGAUACAAGAUGCUCGAAACUAUUUUCUAUGUGGUUAUGGGUAUUGGACCUAGCGUCGCGAUCCUUAAUGUUUAUAAUUAUUACAAUAUUACGGAAUUGAAACUGGGUGGGCUGAUGUAUGUUCUUGGCUUAGUAUUUUUCAAAUCGGAUGGUCGUAUACCUUGCGCGCAUGCAAUUUGGCAUCUUUUCGUAGCUGCGGCGGCUGGAUUUCAUUAUUACGCGAUUCUGAACCAUGUAUUUCCUGAAACAGACUCAACGAAUAUUCUUGGACCAUCUGCCGGCAGCAUGCCACAAUUAUCUAAUAUACUAAAGCCUCAUAUAGAAUUACUUUUUGAUAAAAACAAAUUUAUUUUUUAAUCGUGAUUUGCGUAUGUGCUGGUCAGCUAGACGUCUUCUCGUAAUUAUUUCGAAUCUCUCUCAGUAAACAGAAAUUGUGUAUAUAUAAUGUAUAAACGCAAUAAACGCUAUGAAAAAGCGUGUAGUGAAUUAAAUGGUAUGUAUUAAAACGAAAGAAAAAGGAAGAUUUUUAAGUACCUGACGGCCAUAUAAGACUUCAUUCAUAUAUUAUGAAUGUGUUUAUAUAUUAAAAAUAAGACAAAAAAUAUGAUAUUACAUUAAUAAAUAUUAAUAUAACGCAGUUGUAUUGCUAAUUACAUGACGAGUUC